AUGGCCGACCACGAGGAGCAAGUCGCUACGGCGCCGUCCGUCGAGCAGGGUGGCGACGACCAGGCUGUCACAACAACAAGCACCGACGUCGCCGCCCCGACAGGAAAGAAGGUCGUCAAGAAGAUCGUCCGCAAGAAGAAGCGCCCUGCGCGAGUACAAAUAGACAGCACCGAAAUCACGUCAGAACCGCCUCCGCAGACCGGCACGACAUUCAACAUCUGGUACAACAAGUGGGCUGGCGGCGAUCGCGAGGCCUACCAACAGACCAAGGCGCGCGGCCGAUGCAAUAUCGCGACGGAUAGCGGCUUCACGCGAGCAGACUCUCAGCAUGGAAGCUUCUUCUGCCUACACUUUGCGCGCGGACAGUGCCCCAAGGGACAGGACUGCGACUACCUGCACCGCCUGCCGGGAACCUACGACCUCUUCAGCCCCAACGUCGACUGCUUCGGCCGCGAGAAGUUUUCCGACUACAGAGACGACAUGGGCGGUGUGGGCAGUUUCAUGAGGCAGAACAGGACAAUCUACGUGGGCCGAAUCCAUGUGACGGAUGACAUCGAGGAGAUUGUGGCUCGCCACUUUGCUGAAUGGGGUAGCAUCGAGCGCAUCCGGGUGCUGAACUCGAGAGGCGUCGGCUUCAUCACAUACACUAACGAGGCGAACGCGCAGUUCGCGCGAGAGGCCAUGGCACAUCAGUCCCUCGACCACGACGAGGUCCUCAACGUUCGAUGGGCGACGGCCGAUCCCAACCCGAUGGCGCAGGCGCGAGAGGCGAGGAGGAUAGAGGAGCAGGCCGCCGAGGCUAUUCGGAGAGCACUACCGGCAGAGUUCGUCGCGGAGAUUGAAGGCAAAGACCCCGAGGCGCGGAAGCGGAGGAAGAUUGAGAGCAGCUACGGCCUCGACGGCUAUGAGGCGCCCGACGAAGUGCAUUUCGCCCGGGGCGCCAACGCCGUAAAUCCGCUGGGCCGCCAAGGGCGCGAGGUCGAAUAUCAUGCACCGCCCAUGAUUGAGAAUGGGGAGCCGUCGGUCGAGAACGCAACACCACGCCAACCAGAGGCGGUGGCCGAGCAAGUGACGGGAAUCUUCUCGGGGAGCACUCUGGCCGCCCUGAACAAGGCCAAGGUGUCCGUGGCGGCGAAGCCAAAGGCGGCGGCAGCGGCAGGCCCCUUGGUUGGUUACGACAGCGACAGCGAUGACGAAUAG